UUAAAUACUGAGAUUGUUGCAUAUGCAAUUUUACAUCUAAUGUACUACGAAUUCAGCUUUAAUUUAUUUGUAACCUCAGGAAUACUUGGCAUCCUGUGAAAGUCAUAAAAGCGUUUGGCUGAUUAACAACUCAUUUCUUAUCUCAAACAGUUUUUACUAUUAUCUUACGGUCACUACUACAGAGUAAUUGUUAUCGUAAGAGAUAAAUUGGUUGUUCAAAAAGUUUUUUUAAUUAACGGUAUUAUUUUAUCUUUACCGGAAGAUUUGAUCUUUUGUUUCACAGGAAAUGUUUGACAUGUGUUAACCAUGGCUAAAAUUUCCAACCGUAAACCAUCGAAAAAUGUCCAUUCAUCUCUUGAAUGGACUUUUCAAAAUAACGAUCCGAACUCUUCCAGCGAUACAUAUUGGUCUUGGUCAGAUGUCUAUAAGUACCAAAGAAGCAAUAGUGUUCAGGACAACCGUGUUAAAGUCGUAGUGUCUGUAGAACAAACUUUGUAUGAUGUCGCGGAACUGCUUGAAAGGCGAUUAGGGAUUUGUCUUUCUGGCUGCCAGUUUUAUCUUCAAGACCGAAUCAAGCUUCGUGGGGAAUCGCCUCUGGUUGAACAUUGUGUAGAAAUAUCUGGUUUAGUCCAGCUAUUACUUGAGGUGAAAACAGCACAAGCAGGCUAUCCUUUUCGACUCAAUGUAGUUGAUAUUCAAAUCCCAGAGUCCGUUGAUCAUCAUGGACUUAACUCUUUGCCAAUCGAAAAAAAUAGACGUUCUGGUAUUGCAAAAGGACCCGGACAACAGAUAUCCAGUUUAAACUCGGCAAAAAAUGAGGAGUCAAGGGAUGAUGGCUCUCUCUCAAGUUCAAACAGACCAACAAGUCCAAAACCUGAAUGCAUAUCCCCUCUAACCGUUGCCGCAGCUGUGGCAGCAGCAGCUGAUAUUGCUUCAGGAGGGUCUGGUUUAUUGGAACCACAGCCUCUCAAUGAAAAUGGUAUGGUCUCAAAUGAGUCUGUUAUUCCAGAAGCAUGCACUAUUCUUGAUGUACAUUCAUCUCAGAACCCUUAUCUAGGAUCCCAACUGGAACCUGGUGGAAUUUCUGGAACUUACGACUUGGAAAGCUUAUCCAGAUGGGUCCCUGAUGGUCACUAUCAUCGUUUAAUGGAAAUGAAUGAUAUUCCCCGUGAUCCUAUCGAGUGGAAUUCCACCCAAGUUAUCAUGUGGAUAAAUUGGGCUUGCAAACAAUUUAGGAUUGAAGGCUUGAAAAGUGAAAAGCUUUUCAACAUGCCUGGGUCUCGCAUGUUCGUUUUAACACCAGAUGAUUGGCGACGUCUAGUUCCCAACGCCAAUGUCAACUUCUUAACACACUUGGAGUUACUCAAACGCUGUCGGAAUGUUUGUGUCCCUUAUUGUCCACAACCUCCACCGCAGAGCGCAAACCAAUCUCAAAAAUUGUACAGACAAAUGUCCCGGUCCCGCUUUCGUAGCUCAAGAAAUUUAACGGAAACGAAUUCAAACAGGAGUUUUGGUGGAAGUAUUGUAUUCGCACCAUCAUACUCUGGAGCCUUAAAUCCCUAUGAUACAAAUAUUGCUAAUCCACGAAUGAUGUGUUCAAAACCAGUGUUUUUGUCAUAUAAUGAUUUAAAUAGUCGCGUUCCAACAUCCGGUGCUACUACACUAAAUUCAUUCAUGAACGAAGCAGCUGCUAAUCAGAAUUCAUCCAACUAUACAAAUAAUGGUUUGUGUGAGGUGUCUUCAGGUGGUGGUAGUCAAUUGGUUCAUGGUGCAUUUUUAUUGACACAGAAUGGAAACUCUCUUCAACAAGGAAUGACCAGUUCUCAAUCAUCAGCAGCUGCAGCUGCUGCUGGCCAAGUUCAAUUGUGGCAGUUUUUGCUUGAAUUACUUACCGAUUGGAGAUAUCGUGAAGCCAUUCACUGGAUUAGUGAUGAUGGUGAAUUUAAAUUAAGUAAUCCUGAACAAGUGGCUGCAAUGUGGGGUCAUCGCAAAAACAAACCUGCAAUGAAUUAUGAAAAGUUAUCUCGAGCAUUACGAUAUUAUUACGAUGGUGAUAUGAUUUCAAAGGUUCAUGGAAAACGUUUUGUGUACAAAUUCAUUUGUGAUUUGAAGACUCUACUUGGUUUUUCAGCUGGUGAGCUAUAUAUGUUAGUGAAAAAUUGUGCUGAAAAGCAUUCACAUCGAGGCAAAAAGCGUCGCUUGACUACCGGAUCAACAUGCUCGUCAGUAAAUAACCAUACUCUAUCUACUUUUCCUAUUGACGAUGGUGCUGUGUUCCCAAUACCCGCUGAACAUUCUCGCCCACUUAGUUUCUUGAACCGGCCUGUACAACGCAAUGUAACCUCUGGUUACUGCCUUGAUGUUGUCACACCUUCAGAUCCCCUUUGUUAUAAUGUCCCGUUUUCUCCCACAUACCGUAUCAGACAACCAGUCAAAUCGGAAAAUGGAGUACACAGUAAUAUGUUAGAACAGCACUCCAGUAGUUCUUUAACUCACCAGCCAUUACAACGAAAAAGACCUUUGGGCAUGCAGUCGGCUACUGCCAAUGCUGACAAUAUUGUUUUCGAAGAUGACUCCGUUAAUCGUAAUGCCUCUGACUCUGAACAUCAUGAAGAGGAUCAAUCACGUGCUCCUACCAGCCCUUGGAGGCUGCGACGUCGCUGGUGGGCUCGCAAUCCUUUAUCUGGUGUUUCACCACUUGGCUCUCCUCCUUACUCAUCUCCUUCAUUCACUGAACGUAUAUCUUCUGAUCCUGCUCGACAACAAGAUGAUGUAUCCGAUCGCUUCAAUGGUUCAUGUACGUCUUUAGCUGGUUCAAGUUCUCAGUUCAGUCAUUCACAGUUCGCAGUUGAUGAGGACUGGGUUGCCGCUGCAGCGUUAACAGAGGAUAUGGCAAAUGAAUCGUCCAUGAAUUCCUCCAACUCGGUCAACAGUUCAUUUCGAUCUAAUAGAAUUUCACUUUCACAGCCUCCCACUACCAAUUCUACUGUAACUGGCUUUGAUGAAGGUGAGAUAGCUUCAGCCGCUGCUUCAUUAUUCAAUCAGUCAAACCAAUCAGAACCUCCCUUGCUAGUAGGUCAAACAAUUACCACUUCCAAAAAUCAAAAGCUAUAUUCUAACAUAUCUGAUUAUCGCUGUGAAACAAAAGAGGUACGACAUGAUGAUUCGCUUAUCGACGAUACUGUAUAUGGUUCUCGGUUGAGUCAUUUAGCUAGUAACAGGUACAUCUCUAAUAACCGGUCAUCUUUACGUAACUACGGUCCAGUCUUAUUAUCCGGUUACAAUCAAGGCAUAGAUAUCGAUGCCUUUUUAGCUCAUUGAUGUACAAUAUGUAUGAAGCUUUUUUCACAGCUACUUUGAUGUUCGCUUCUAUAGAAAAUUGUACAUUAAUUUAUUCAUCAAUAGGUGCCUUCCGAUUUGUAUUGCGGAAGUAUAUUCAGAUGACAUAUUCAUUCAUUAUUUUCCUUCAAUGAUCAUCCUAUUUUCUGUUAUUUUUUUUCUUUUCUCUGAAAAUUUCUUUACUCAGGAUUUUGUUUAAUUGUACAAUAUAUAUAUAUAUAUAUAUGUAUACUGGUUCUCUAUAUGUACAGUACAUGAUUAUCCUCUCAAAUCCGUGAAUUACUUCACAUUCAAAGUAUUAGUAUCCUCUCUCUCUCUCUCUGUUUUUUUACAUACAUCUCCAUGAAAACUGCAAUUUACAUUGUUCAUGUACAAAAGCAUAUGUAGUUGAUUGAUUAAAUCAAAUGAUUCUGAUGUUCAUUUUAACACUUCCAAUGUGUAUACACCACAUGUAGCAUUUCGAUUAGAAUGAGAAUUCUAUUCGGUGUUUUUUCUUUGUGUGCGUGUGCGUGUGCGUGUGCCUGAUUGAGUUCAUAUCUUUAAUUCAACUUGUAUGUGUCAAUAACAUUCCAUGCCAUUCACAGUAAUAUCAUUUAAAUAAAUUAAUUCAAAUGUUGUCAAGAAAGCUUAUAGUUAUUUGAUGAUGAUGAUGAUGAUGAUGAUGAUGAUAAAGUUAGAUUUCCCUAAUAUUUCACUUACUCUAUUGUUAUUUAGUUUUUACUGUGAACUUUUCACGACAUUUGCAUUUCAACCAAUUGACACAUUAAAUUCUUUUUUUUUCAAUCAAUUAAUCAAUCACAUUCAACAAAAAAACAUACAUAGUUUUUAUGAUCAAUCUCAACUUUGUCCAUACUUGUAUUCUUGUUGAUUUCUGUAAAUUUUAACUCUGGCUCCCUAUAUAUAUAUAUUAUAUAUAUAUAUAUAUAUAAAUGCCAUUCACAUUUCCUAUACACACAGAACUAUUUUGUACAUUUUUUUUUAGUACGAAAGAGAUUCUUUUGUUUUUUUUAUAUACAUAUAUUUAUACAGGCGUGCUUUAUUUGACGUUUAUUAUUAUUAUUAUUACUACUAUUAUUAUUAUUAUUGUUCAAUUCAUUUUAUUAACUUGUUUGUUCUGUUUUCGUUUUUUCUUGUUUGUUUGCGAGUAAAGUAACAAGUCAAUAUUCCUGUUAGGUUAAGAAGAUGUGUAAUCAUUAUCAUCUUAAUUAUCUAUGCACAAAAAUGUUAUCCUAUGUUAAAACAAAACAUUAUCCUCAACGCCUAAUUUAAGUGUGCUCAUUAGAUAGCACUAUCAUGUGACUCUAGAAGUGGAUACGCAAUUGUUUUGUUUAAAUCGUAAUGCAUAGUUAGUUGGUUAGUUUUGUUCAUAGAUGGUUGGUUAUAUGUGUUGCUUGUAUUGUUUUGAAUAGCUAAAUAUGAAUAAUAUAUUUUAUUGCGUCAGUAAAUUCUUGUGUAUGUAUAUACGCGUGAAUCCAUUUUCUGUAAAAAUAAAUGGGAUGAUCUCUAGUA